AUGCUCUGUAAACGACUGACAGCCAAAGAAUACGAUACCGUUUUAAACUGCCCAUCUCUACGAAAUGGAAAAAUCCCGGCAGGCCACAUCUAUCUGGAAGGCGAUAAUGCGGAUUCGUCCACAGAUUCUCGGGUAUUUGGCCCAGUGCCAGAAGGUCUUGUGCAGGUACGGCUGGUGUUCAGGAUAUGGCCACUUUCAAGGGCUGGUUGGUUGUCGAAUCACUGGUUCUGGGAAAAAUCGAAUGAGAGCUGA